UACGAGGCGAAGAAUGGGCUGGGUCAGAAAGCGGAGCCGUGGAUGGAGGUUAUCUCGUGGGAGCCCAGGGCCUUCGUCUACCACAAUUUCCUGUCUAAGGAAGAAUGUGAGUACUUGAUUGAACUGGCAAAGCCUCGUAUGGAGAAGUCAACAGUUGUUGAUAGCGCAACAGGGCAGAGUAAGGAUAGCAGGGUUCGCACGAGCUCAGGCAUGUUCUUUAGGAGAGGUCAAGAUAAGAUUAUCCGCAACAUUGAGAAAAGGAUAGCCGAUUUUACCUUCAUUCCUGUAGAGCAUGGCGAGGGCCUUCAGAUUCUCCAUUAUGAAGUUGGACAGAAAUAUGAAUCUCACUAUGAUUACUUUCUUGAUGAAUAUAAUACAAAGAAUGGAGGGCAGCGAAUAGCCACCCUUCUCAUGUAUCUUUCGGAUGUUGAAGAGGGUGGGGAGACUGUCUUUCCUUCUGCUAAAACAAACAGCAGUUCGCUGCCAUAUUAUAAUGAGCUAUCAGAAUGUGCAAAGAAGGGCCUUUCUGUGAAGCCAAAGAUGGGAGAUGCAUUACUCUUUUGGAGCAUGAGGCCUGAUGCCACCUUAGAUCCGUCAAGCUUGCAUGGUGGGUGCCCUGUGAUUAAAGGGAAUAAGUGGUCAUCUACCAAGUGGAUGCGUGUUCAUGAAUAUAAAGUUUAAAGUUUCACAAUGAAGGUCGGUACAUUGACGGUAAGCUUACUAUACAACAAGAGACCUGACACAUGCUAUAUAUUCUUUUGUAUGAUACAGAUUAAUGCCUUUCAGUUUUGUAAGUUAUGUUAUACUUGGUUUUAGAUCUAGUAUGGUGCUUUUCUUCCCAUGAAACAAAGCAAUGUUUUUCGCAAUACGGAUGAAAUUAUUGGGAAUCAUUUGCUCCCUUGAUACUGCGGUGUAAAGUCGAGGAUUAAAAUGGUAGUGAAGAGCAAAGAAUGUAUGUAUUUCACUGUUUAACCUUGUUUUGGAUAGAAUAAUUGCUAUGAUACCUUUUAAGCA